GCUUGUGUUUGUAGAUGCUAGAAUAGAAAAAUGUUACGAAUGGUUAGUGGAAAGCCUUCACUCUUUUCCGUGCUUUUCAUGACUCAAAUCUUCCACGGCAUUACCAGCCACCAGUGUGGAGCCGGCAUUUACUCCAUUUUUCAAAAGAUGCUCAGGGGCCACACCUAUAUGAAGAUUGAGAGCCAAGCCGGCACCGUCGCGCUGGAAUGCAGGGAAGCUUGUCACACUGAUUUCAGAUGUCAAAGCUAUAACAUCGAUAUACUUAAUUCAAAGUGCGAGUUAAACAACCGGACCAAAGAGGCCAGACCUGAGGACUUUGUCAAACAUAAAGAUAGAUACUACAUGGCGAGAAACUCAAAACGAGUCCCUCUCGGCUCUAUUCCUGAGCUGCCUGCCUAUUCGUGCCGAGAGAUUAAGGCGAGUGAGGGAGGAAAAGCGGUCAGCGGUACAUAUUGGUUGGAUUCCACCAGGUCUGGGAACUCUAUUCUAGCUCACUGUGACAUGAAAACAGAAGAGCCAGAGUUUAAAGCUGUCUUCACAAACCUUGGUUCGACUGCAGCUGGUGGUCCAAGCUCAAUUGGUAGUCACUAUACAGGGCAAGAUCAUGACGGACAAGUUACUGUGUCCACCGGUAUUCAAUUGUGGACUGUGCCAUACACUGGAGAAUACAGAAUAGAAGCAAUAGGAGGUGCAGGGUGGUACGGUAAGAACAGUGUCGUCCAGAACGGAGGAAGAGGAGCCAAGUUGACCGGAAACUUUAAUUUGACCAAAGAUGAGAUCAUUCGUAUACUUGUUGGUCAUAAAGGAAAGAGAGGGCCUAACUCCAAAACAACUACAGGAGGCGGGGGAGGUACAUUUGUGGUGAGAGGAACAAAUACACCUUUAAUCAUAGCUGGAGGUGGUGGGGGAAUUAAAAACAUGUCAGAGCGACAUUCAGGGUGUGAUGCAUCCCUAAGCACCACAGGGAACACUGGGUACUCCUCGUCAUUGGGGUCAGGAGGAACUAGCGGAAACGGAGGAGGUAGCGCUGGUAAUAGGCCAGGUGGCGGCGGCGGCGGCUUUUUUGGUAAUGGGGGAGGAGGAGGUAAAGGUGGCAAAGGAUUUCUCAAUGGUGGAAAGGGUGGAACGUAUCACGGUGGGUUCGGAGGUGGCGGCGGAAAUCCAGCUUACUCUGGGGGAGCUGGCGGCGGUGGAGGUUACUCCGGGGGAGCUGGAGGUGUUAAUGAAGAUCCGUCUUGUGGUGGUGGAGGAGGAUCUUUUAACAGUGGGACAAAUCAGGAAAAUGAAUGUUGUUAUAAUACGGCUGGAAAUGGUAAAGUGACUAUCACCUUUAUCGAGUGAUCAAUGCACAUGGCAACAACUUUUACACAAAAUAUUAUUGUGGAAUUUCACACAAUAUCAUAAUUCUUAAUAUAAUGAAAAAAAAUAAGACAAAUUACGGCUUCUGUCAUAUCGUGAUAUUAGUAUACACAAGGGAUUCUCAGACGAAAUAGUGUACGAUUUGAUUUACUUACAGAUUCACAGAAAUUACUAAAAUUAUCCAUCGGAAAGUGCAGCUUCAUGAAACUUUCACGAAAUUUCAGUUUCUCUAGGGCAGUGUACACUUGGGAAUGCUCCCCUAAGAUAACUCUAAGUUAUUUUAUCUAGUUGUAUUUGUAUUCGAGUGGAUUGUCAAAUAUAGAUGUGGACUGCAUUAA